CUAAGUAAGAUUCAAGGAGGAGGCAAAUAAAAGCUGUUGUCUCCAUCAGGUUCUGGCACUGAGAAGUGGCUGUGAAGCAUGAGUGAAUCUAAGGAAACAGGGAAGCAGCAGCUUGGCCCUCUGGAUGAGGAACUGCUGACAUCCAGCCACACCAGGUACUCUAUGAAAGGUUUUGGCUUCCAACCAAAUUCUGGAUUCAGUAGCUUCACAGGAUACCUGGUCCACAGCCAUGUUCCCUUGGCACUGAAGGCGCUCUUCCUCACUGUGUUCUCUGUGCUGCUGGUUGUCAUCCUUGUUAAAGUCUAUAAGAUCCCCAGUUCUCAUGAACAGGAGGAGUCCAAUCAGAAGAAUUUCUACCAGGAACUGAUCCAGUUGAAGGCUGGGGUAGAUCGCCUGUGCCGCUCCUGCCCCUGGGACUGGACAGCCUUCCAAGGAAACUGCUACUUUUUCUCUGUUGCCCAGAAGUCCUGGAAUGAUUCUGCCACUGCCUGCCACAAUGUGGGGGCUCAACUUGUAGUCAUCAAGAGUGAAGAAGAACAGAACUUUCUACAAAAAACUUCUAAGAAGAGAGGCUACACUUGGAUGGGGCUCAUAGACAUCAACAAGGAAUCUACAUGGCACUGGGUAGAUGGUUCACCUCUGACCCUCACUUUUAUGAAGUAUUGGAAUAAAGGGGAACCUAACAACGUCGGAGACAAAGACUGUGCAGAGUUCAGAGAAGACGGCUGGAAUGACACCAAAUGUGACAACAAGAAAUUCUGGAUCUGCAAAAAACCUGAAACGUCCUGCUCUAGCAAGUGAUGACCAACUCCCUCCACUGCCUCCACAGUUCCCAAACCGUGCCACAUGGCAGAACUUUACCCAUAGCCAUGCCAGUUUAUUCUCCUUGUCUGUGGCCACUGAUACCUUGACAAGGUCUGUGAGACAUUUCUCUGGCAGGUACCUUGCCCCCUGCCUUGCUCCUGGACCAGCAUGUCUCCUUGACCUCUGCUGAGGUCUUCUGAGGUCUGCAGGUUCUCUUUGGGUUAGUGGUUGUGGCUCUGAUUUACCUUUGCCAUUUAAUGAAGUGAACAGACAUGAGGUGUGUACAGGCCCUUAAGUGGGUCCCUUUCAUCUCCUCUGUCUUCCUUUCUGAGGUCAAACCAUGUACAGCCAUGUGCAAUCGAUGAUACAUCCUAUGUGGCUUCAUAACAUUUCUAAGUAUUUUACUCCCACCUACUAAAUUUUCAUCCAUCCACCCUGCACCCCUUUCUAUGGGACCCUUCUCUGAUUCAGGAGCUCAACCUGUAGGCUAUAAGCAAACCAAUUCCUCACCUAUUAGUCAUAAUCUAAAAUUAUUUUGUUAAUAUGUGGAUAUGGAGCCAGGGUAUUAACACAAUAAUUUUUAUUGAAUCUGCUCAUUGACAAUUUUAUACAUAUUUACAUAUAAAUAUGUCUAAAUAAACAUUUUUAUUAUUGCCAUCCUUU